GUACCAGGGGGCCAGAAGCUGGUCAGUGGGCUUGGUCAACCAGCUCGCUCGCUCGUCAUUCUCCGGCUGGUUGUGAGGCUUUGAGGAGGCGGUGUUGGAAUGCCGGAGCCACCACCGUUGCCGAGGCGACAACUUGGUUACUUCCGUUGGUUUCAAUGCUUCCGGGUUGGCGUUGCGGUGCCGCUUCCGACUGUGGGAGCCUCGGCUUCCCAGUCGUCCGCUGAGCCUGAGCAGCCCCAGAAAAGUGCCACUGUAAGCCAUGAGAUGUCUGGUCUGAAUUGGAAACCCUUUGUAUAUGGCGGCCUUGCCUCUAUCGUUGCUGAGUUUGGAACUUUCCCUGUGGACCUGACUAAAACACGCCUUCAAGUUCAGGGCCAAAGCAUUGAUGUCCGUUUUAAAGAAAUAAAAUACCGAGGAAUGUUUCAUGCCUUGUUCCGAAUCUAUAAAGAAGAAGGCGUAUUGGCUUUGUAUUCUGGAAUUGCUCCUGCUUUGCUAAGACAGGCAUCAUAUGGCACCAUCAAAAUUGGCAUUUACCAAAGCUUGAAGAGAUUAUUUGUAGAACGUCUAGAAGAUGAAACUCUUCUAAUUAAUAUGAUCUGUGGGGUAGUGUCAGGAGUGAUAUCUUCCGCUAUAGCCAACCCCACUGAUGUACUAAAGAUUCGAAUGCAGGCUCAAGGAAGUCUGUUCCAAGGCAGCAUGAUUGGCAGCUUCAUCGAUAUAUACCAACAAGAAGGUGCCAGGGGUCUGUGGAGGGGUGUUGUCCCAACUGCUCAGCGGGCUGCCAUUGUUGUGGGCGUGGAGUUACCAGUCUAUGAUAUUACAAAGAAGCACUUAAUAUUGUCAGGGGUGAUGGGAGACACAAUUUUAACUCACUUUGUUUCCAGCUUUACAUGCGGCUUGGCUGGUGCUCUGGCUUCCAAUCCAGUUGAUGUGGUUCGAACUCGCAUGAUGAACCAGAGGGCAAUCGUGGGACAUGUGGACCUUUACAAGGGUACUUUGGAUGGUAUUUUAAAGGCAUCCACAAGCUGAUUUAAACUAAUAUAGGAAGCUUUGGAAAAGAGUGGGCUCCCUGUCACUGGAAAUAUGCAAGCAGAGCCUGAAUGCUCACCUGUCGGGAAGGCCUUAGAGAUAAUUCCUGCAGCAGUGCAAAACAUCUGCAAAACAUCGUUAUUCCCGUUGCGUUGUCUUUCAGUCCCUGUGCAACCUAUUAUUGAUGGGCCCCUGGGAGUCUUCUGUUCCUCAGCUCCCUCCCUUCUUUCUUAGUUGUCCCCACCUCUGUGUCCUCCUUGGCUUUUUCUGUCCCCUUUCUCACACUACCACACAGACUCAGCUGUGUGUCCUUUGGCUUUGCCCAUGCUGUGAGGUCAAGACCACAGAGAAUGUGGUUCCUUCCUGGAAGGCCAGUGGUUAGUCCUUAUGGUCUUAAGUCUGAGGGUUCUCAGAGUCUCCAGAGUGGAGCAUUGAUUGACAAGAUAAACAAGUUGGGGUUGACAAAGGGGAGGAAGGUAAAGGAUGAGAGGGCUUAUUCUCUGGUCAAACUAUCCCAUAACCAAAGCAUUAAAUGCUGGUUGUAGUGGGCUAAGGAUGCAGUGGGGUGCUUUGUACACCAAGGGCAUGGAACCAAGGACCAGAGGUUUCAACUGGAAUGAGUGUGGAGGAGAAACCAGGCUUCAAAAGAGCCCGCCUUUGGAGCCAGGCCCCUGGGAGAGGAGCUCUAGGAAGAUAUCCAAGACAAGUGAUACCUGAUUACUUGUAGUGUCUAGACCAGCCAUCUGCCUGUAUGAUUUAGCUGCGUCUUGCCCAGGGAUAAAAGCAGCAGUGACAUUUAAUAUCCCUCUGUGAAUGACUAGACCAUACAUCCAUUGCUGUUAAAUACUACGCAGUGGUGUGAAAAGAAUGGGAUAGGCUUAUAUGUCCUGAUGCAGCCCUCCAAGGCUUAUUGUUGACUGAUAAAUCAAGUCACACAUCAGUAUGUAGCAUCUGGACCCACUUACAAAAGUAAAAUCCCAAACCCCAGCUUUAUGUGUGUAUAGGUGCACAGAGAUCACCAUAAAUACAUGUUAACAGAGAGUGAAUAGCUUUAAGGAGGGGAGUGAGAAGCCGGGAUGGAAAGCGACUGUCACAAUUUACUUGGAAUACUGACUUGUUAUGUAUUUUCACAGUGAGGAUGUGUUCAUGUAAUUUCAAAAGAAAGGGACGCCUGGUUAAGCAUCCGACUUGAGCUCAGGUCACGAUCUCACAGUUUUGUGAGUUUGAGCCCCACAUCGGGGUCUGCACUGACAGUGUGGAGCCUGUUUGGCAUU